CUUAGCAUUUCGUUAAAGCUUCAUCCUCUAAACUGACCACCAUUAACUCCAGCAUUGAAUAAACAUCGAUUUUCUUUUUUGCUUUACAACUCUGAAACAAGAGUUCUGGCUAUCUGCUUAUUCAACAUGGCUUCAGACUUUGAUGAGCAACGAUGGGUAAUUCAAAUCCGGUUAUCCCUUGAGGAAGAGCUUGAAGAAUAUAACGAUCUACCUGUGAGUAUUUUCAAUGUCCCUAAAACCCUCACGGUCAGUGCUUUAGAUUGUUAUGUACCCCAAGUUGUUGCACUAGGUCCAUACCAUCACUGGAGAUCAGAAUUAUAUGAGAUGGAAAGGUACAAGAUUGCUUCGGCCAAAAGAACUCAAAAACGAUUGCAAUCCUUGAAGUUCCAAGACGUUGUGGACCAGCUGGCAAGGUUUGAGCCUAGGAUUCGAGCAUGCUACCACAAGUACUUAGAUUUCAAUGGUGAAACCUUAGCUUGGAUGAUGGCUAUGGAUGCUUCUUUCUUGCUCGAGUUCCUUCAAGUCUAUGCCGCAAAAGAAGGUAAAGUACUAACUAGACUAUCAUCAAGAAUGUCUCAUUUGCUUGAUCUUGCAGGAACAAAGUCAGCACACAACGCAAUUCUCAGAGAUAUGGUGAUGCUUGAAAAUCAAAUUCCAUUAUUUUUGUUGAGGGAAAUGUUGGAACUUCAGUUUUCUUCAUUGGAGGAGGCAGAUAAUCUGUUAAUGUCAAUGUUAAUUGGGUUUGGCAAGGAGCUUUUGCCAUUUAAGGUGAUGGAAGAAUUGCCAAAAGUUGAAGUGACAAGUUAUGCUCAUUUGCUAGACUUCUUGUACCGUGUGAUCGUGCCUGAAUUACAGGGACCAUCUGAAAUCACCGAGAUUGAUGAAGAAGGUGAAAUCAAAGAAGCUGAAGAAAGUUACGUAGGAAAGCCUAGCCAAGUUAAACAACUUAGCCAUUUGGCCCGGAAAAUCCUCUCAAAGCUGAGCAUAUCCCCGGAGCUUCUGAUUAAAAGAAUAUUUCGUUCAAAGCCCAUUAAAGUCAUAUUAAAGCUGCCCUGGAAGUUCAUCUCUAAACUUCCUGUACUCAAACUCAUUAAAGCACCAAUUGAAAACAUGUGCUUCUCCGCAGAUAAAGGAGGUCAAAAGCCUGACAAUUUGAACAGCACCAACAUCAAGAAGCCCCCGCUGGUGGAGGAAAUCACAAUCCCAUCUGUAACUGAGCUCUCUAAAGCCGGUGUAAAAUUCAUGCCUACAAAUCAAGGCAUCUACAGCAUAAAUUUUGACGACAAAAUGGCUACAUUUCGUCUUCCCAAGAUAUGUCUAGAUUUGAACACAGGGGUGGUCCUGAGAAACUUGGUUGCAUAUGAAGCUUGCAAUGCAUCAGGGCCAUUGGUUUUUACACGUUACACCGAAUUAUUGAAUGGGAUUAUUGAUACCGAAGAGGAUGCAAAGUUUCUCAGAGAAAAAGGGAUUAUUCUAAAUCAUUUGAAGAGUGAUGAAGAAGCGGCGCACCUGUGCAAUGGGAUGAGCAAGUCUGUGAGAUUGACGACAGUUCCAUGCUUGGACAAAGUGAUUGAAGAUGUUAACAGGUAUUACAAUAGAAGGUGGCAGAUUAAGAUUAGUAAAUUCUUGAAGCAUUAUAUAUUUCGUUCGUGGCAAUUGCUCACACUAAUUGCUGCUAUUGUGCUCUUGUCGUUGACGACAUUACAAGCAUUUUGCUCGGUCUAUAGCUGUUCUCGUGUAUUUCGUAUCGACCUAGAUGAGUGAUUUUUGUUAUGUGAAUCUGUACCUGUAAGAACGCCAUUCUAUUUUGGUGUGUACUAUACUCAAAGAUAUAUUUAGGCGAACCAGUUAUGAGCAAAUAGUAGUGAUACCACAUUCAUGCCA